AUGCAGAUUGUUCAGCGAAUGCUCAAGCUGAACGCGCGGCUGGUAGCUCUGCAGGAUGUCUUCUGGCCUGCACCAGAGUCAUCACCAUCAUCGUCAUUGUCAUCAUCAUCAUUACGAGCACGGGCGCGGUUACCCAUACCGACAUUCCUCUGGCACGACAACCUCUCUGCGGACAAUCUCCUCGUCGACGAGCACGGCGUGUUGAGGGGGGUGCUUGACUGGGCCGACGUCUCGUGCUUGCCUUCGCACGCGGCAUGCGAGCUGCCUGCGGUGCUACAGCUCCAAGACGGCGGUCGUGGCCACAACGACACCGCGCCGCCCCCGGUGCCGCCUCUGCUGGGAACGCGGGGCAUGUUUGUCUGGCGGGCGUACUACGCGGAGCUCAAGAGGUACGAGAUCGUUGCGAUGCGGGAGCUGUUUGUGUCGCUGAUGCGGGACUUGUCUGCCACGUGGACUCGGGCGUACGACGAAGCCGGGCUGCUGCGGGACAUGGAGGCCGCGAUCCAGAACUGCGACAGCGAGGACACGUUUGAAGUGGUGGAAGGGUGGGUUGCUGGGCUCGAGGGUGGGAAGGUGCCGGGCAAGGACAUGAAGUGGCUGCAUCAGGCACUCUGGCCGGUGUGA